UGUGCGUGGAGUUGUAGAGGUUUACCCAUACCCCUAAGCAGAUGUAACUGUUCUAGCUUAUGCAAAUAAUAACAAUAGCAGUUUAUGUUAUCAGGAGAACAGUGGACACGUUGUGUUGCGUCGGUGUCAUCCUGUGGAUCUACUAUAGCGAAGAUAGGUAUCCGCUGACGCAAUAAAUGCUUGGUAAAUAUUAAUGAAUCUGUGGACAGUUUUUUUAUGAAACAGGUAGAUAUGCUUCAAUAUUGAAUAGCGGGAAAUGCAACAGUGCAGUCGGCGUUCACUGCCAGCCGCUCAGCUGUUAGUUGCUAUUCGCGGCCACACGACACGAUACUAACAAAUGUGUUGUCUGUAAAUGAACAGGGUAUAAGGUCAACAAGAUUUAUUUAUACCGAUGUGCAUUGCAACAGCCCGAUUAACAAUGACAAGGCACACCUCCUCAAAUGUAGGCACCGACCUGACAGAUCCGAACAGUUUCAACAACCAAGUUACUCGCUGGCGAAAAUUUAUAAAUCGAUUCUAUAAUAUAGGUGCGAUAAUAAUGGCGUGCGUGCUGAGACCUAGCGACCAUCCGCCAGCGCAUGUGGUUCCGGCAAGUUUUCACCGGAGCGACACAUUGAUUAGGUAGUCUAACGUUAUGAUGAAACAGCUCAACAAAAAUUGGGUACAGUGCCCAGAGUUCUCAUCGCGUAGUAUAUAGUGUACAACGACACUGACACGCCCGCUAACACGGACCAGAGAGACCACCAUUUUAUUUCUUAAAGAUUUGAAUUCUCCGCGGUAUCUUUUUCUACCAUUAUUACGAUCCGGUGUUCGACAUAAAUUAGUAUGGCGGUUUUUAAAAGUACUCAAUUCAAAUAUUCGAUAUAUGUCUGAAAGAUCAAGUAGGCAGUAAUAUUAAUAAUUGAUCUCAGAAAUAAUCGAUUAUAACGUACUGCAAUGCUGCUAAUGAUUUAAAGCUGGUUGCAAAAUAUGGAAAUUUUGUUCUCAAAGAGUACCUCAAAAAAUAUUCAUUCAACAUCUAAGACGUCACUUCAUACAGCUACUUAAUUUACCUUGAUCCAUCAUCAGCUAUGUUGUACAAGUAUAUAAGCAAGCAGCUUGCUAUUCUCAUGCUUAUAUCUUUUACUUAAUUUGGCAAGCAACCGUAAUCGCAUGAAAAAGACAGGGAGCAAUAAACGUUUCGGCAACGUUCUACAAAUCUCAGAACUUUUGGUGAGCUGUCGGUCUAUUUAAUGCAAAAUUUCGAAACCCAAUAGACUUUACACGUUCACAAAGUAACACAACGCUUUACAUGCACCGAUACAAGCUUUGCCUUCGACAGCAUGUUCGUGCAAACAUCUCACCUCAAGGCUCGUACGCUAUUGGCAGUUAACGAUUUUUCUAACUUCCACGGUAACAAACAUUCUGUCCUACAUUAUCGAAAUUUAAGGAGACUCAUUUGUUUUGUCGACGAAGGUCGCGUCAUACCAAACCGCCUAAUGACUAACUAUAUUUUCGGAAGUGUCUAACUUGCAGUUACUCUCCCUAGUAAUCUCCCUUUAUCGAACGACGAUAAUUUGUAAGUUUUUGUUUUGUUUUUUUUUCAUAUACUUGUGUUAAGCUGUGUACCAUCUUAGGCGAGACCAGAAGUCAAGCAAUCAACCGGUGUAUUCAAUAUCUAUUAUAAACUGGUCACAGUAAAUCAUGUAACUACAUUUUGUUGACAUGUCGGUGGCAAUAUCUUUGAAAUUAACUAAAUGUCUUUUUUGUGUUAAAAGUGUUUAAAAUAUAUUUGUAGCUCCAUUCUAACGCCCGCUAAAUUUUGUUAAGGUCCUAUCGUUUCCACAUUAUAACUUCCCUUCAUAAAGUGUAAUUAUUACGAAAAUUGUUCAAAACAAUUGCCUAUUCCGUUCUCGAGAUGCUCGACGCAUGUACGUUAUAUAUACAUAUAUAUGCAUACGGUAAAAUAGAGACGAGAUAAAAACGUUCAACUGACAAAACUCAACGAGAGACAAACUUACUAAUAAAUAGUUGUAUGCGAAAGGUUCCUUUAGUGAAUGCUUCAUUUGUUUCCACAAGGUGUGUCUUCCAUUGAGAUGUCCUGCAUCGCGCGCCAGCAGAACACUUACGAAGCAAACGUUAUCUUAUUUCCUUAUCAAAGUCGGUUUUAAAAAGACAUUUCUUCUAACGACAACGGCAUGUUACCGUAGCAAGCGGAAUAUACACAAUGAAAAUUCGGCCACGACUCCCAAACAGAGAUACUUCAUUGGCUGGACAUUUCGGAACAUGCUAUUUCCCUUAAUUUUAUGUCGUGUGUCGUUUUUAUUUUACCCGUUGGUCCGGUCCACCCUGCUGUUGGUGUUUUAUUUCUCAUAGGUAAAACAACGGGCUACUUUCUGUGGAUGCGAUUGUUAGAAAAAAAUGUUUAUGUGUCGGAAUUUGAUUUUUUUCAUUGUAUAUAUAUAUAAUAUGAAGCAUGGUCAUUUUACUGCAGCAUCCGCGUCAUUGCAGUGAUUAACUUCAAUGAUAAAUGAUUCGGCGAUGACCAGCUUUAUCGCAUGAGGCUUAGGAUCAACUCGGAGUGUGAAGGCUCAGUAGGAUGAAAAGCUUUCACGAGUCUAGCGCAUGUGCAAAACGUACCCUACGACUAACUUCUUCUGGUUAUAUUAACUUAGCUUCCGCCUUGCGUAAAGGAGCCGAACAGCCCUUAAGGGCUCUUUGCCACUUCGUACACAAGUGACAUUUUAUUAUUACUUUUAUUCAUUGUACAAAAAAAAAAUGAAGAGGUUGUCUUUUUCAUCUGUUGAAAAAUAUAGGAUAUGUUUGUCUUUCAGUUUACCCUUACCCAUUUCCUAAUACAAAAACGCGAUGAACCCUACGAUUAGCAGGAUUUUACACCCUGCACGAAUCCGGUUGAAUUCGUUAGCAGUCAAACGUCGAAUUAUCUGCUCCGAAGCAAAUCAACUAUUAUUGUUUUUUCGCAACGGCCAAAACCUUCAGCCGACAAUUCCCUUUUUCGUACCCACUGCUUCAGAAGUCGAGAGAAGGUUGAAGACAUAAUUUCAAAUUAGCCGUACACAUCUUCUCAAAAAACUCUCUGACCCGAAAACAAAAUUCGUUUCCUACAGCCUGGUCGUUUUCAUUCUCCCGCGUUCUGUUUUUUACUUUUUUAAUUUUCAUUUUGCCGUUGCCAUGCUCCUCUACCGCGCCUAAGGCGGCAAUCAGCACAACUUAGUACAAAUGGGAUUGAGUCAUUUGAUGAGCAGUGUUCUAGACGAGCCGCCUUCGCGCAAUACGGCAUCGUCAUCAUCAGGCUUGAUGAGGCCAGCAGGGCCCCAUCAGCUGGUGAGUUAGAAGAGGCCAGAAUUUUGUUGUCGAUUCGUUGUUUGCCACGGUUUAGUUGAUUGUGUUAAAGCAGAAGACGCGCAAAAAAGCCAGUAGGAACAAGCGGAAUUUUUGUAGUACGAGCUUGCUUCAAGCUAUCUUCUCUAAUAUGCCACCGGUUUAGAUGGUUAAGUGUCAGCCAAAUGGUAUCCCUUGCCUCUUCGUUUGCCACAGGCCAAUAUCCAGGGAGUGUAAAUGACCGGCGCUCGAUUCUCGAUCCGUAAGCUUUGCAAACACUUCCGUUAUCCUUUUUAAGCUUGACAGCUUAAAAAAAUCAUUUGUUUGUCUCGUUCGCCAUCUUAUUUAAUCAGAAAUUAGAAAAUGUAAUGAUAUCGGCAUACUGUGACGAGAUAUCGAUUCAAAAGUAGGUAAGUUCAGUAUAAAGCAUACAAGUAAAUCAUCAAGUCCAGGAAAACCUAUUUUCUUUAGAGAUCGUUUUCAGGUUACAUGAUCCCAUGAUUGCAGUGAUAGCUUAGUUGCCAACUAAGCUUGACAAUAUGUGAGAUGGUCUAGGAUCAAAACCGGCCAUAAAUACAUUCAGUUUAGUGCUGGGUAUUAACCGACUGACACAAUGCCAGCAAAACCCAAUUCAAAAAAAUUUGGAUUUCGUUUACGUACAAAAUAUAUGGAACCAUACAGCCGUGUACUAAUAGAUCCUAGGUCUUGUUUUGUACUAGAGGUAAGGCUGAGUAAUACCCCGCAGAAUGAUUCGUGAAGGGGUCAUUGUUGAGAUGUCAUGUUUGGCAUUGACCGCAGCUACACCGAUUCGGAUACAGCCGAUAGGAAGACAACGUUAACAAGUACAUCUGGUUUUAUUGAGCCAGAGCUGGGAAGGUAAUCAGCAGUCAGUCGACUCACUGCGUUUGUUGGAUAGCAAAAUAGGCCUAAGCAACGCGUAGUCAGAUCAUAGUCGAUACGAAUACUUGCCAGAUGACGCUCACCCUAACAGCGCAUGCGUGUUUCUUCGGGUCUUUGGGCAUGCUAUUCCUUCAGGCGGUAAUGAAUAGCAAGUGAAUGAAAGUGCACGGAUUGACAGGACAAUAACGAUCUGAAAUAAAACAGAUGCAUUGUCAUAUAUAUUCUGUAGUAACCGUACCACGCCGGCCGCCAGGUUCAUCCGAAUAGCAGUAAAUGAAUCGCCAAGCAAAACAAUAAUUGUAUAACGGAUUGUAUAUUGAUCUUUAAACCUGCCAUGUUGUGGCUCAUCGAAGUAAGAUGAUUCGACUGUUGUUGACAGCGGCGACCUAGCACAAAGCUUUUUUAGCUGACACUCAUAGAGUUUAGCCCAUAAACUUGCCUCGGGAGUAUACAGUAAACUCAUUAGUUCAAUACAGAUAUCAUCAUACGUUGAUGUUUAUUGUUCAUGCGUAGAAUUGUGGGUCCGUAGCGUUGUCCCAAGCCGGAGGCAAAAGAAAAGCUGCAAAAAAAUGAUACUAGUUAUACAUAAGAAGAACUAGAGUAGAUGAUGAGGUGACUGAUGUGGACUAGCCAUUUCAAUGAAUUAAAAAUUCUUGCUACUACAGUUUCAAUAUGUGGAAAUCUAACAUCAACUGCUUGGAGAAAACAAUACUCACUGGCGUUUGUUCAUAUCGCGUUCAUCGUAUUGAUAAAUCGUCGAACCAUCGAUGUUCCUGUUUUCGUGUAGGCGAUCGUUUCUCGGUUCGCGACAUAUCUAGGCUCAGUACCGUACUCGCAUUAAGUUGCAAUUAGUAUACUAUUUUCACGCGUCAUUUAUGGCCAUGACAUAUUCACGUUCGUUUUAUAUAAUUACUAUAUAUAUAUACAUAUAUAUAUAUAUAUGUAGACUAGCCCACGUACAGGUUCAGCCCUGUGGGGCGAUAUCUCCAGCAGUUCGCCAGUUAAGAAUAGGGGUGACAACAUUUCGUAAUUGAAUCGCCCACAUUUGACCUUAUGAACUUAUGGUGUAACAAAUAAAGCAGAUUGACUCCAGCUAAUUCAAUACAGCCUAACAAACAUUUAAGGUACCAUGCAUUACAACUCAUUUUGUUAGAUCACUGUUAAUAACACCCUAUUACGGGACAAGCCUGCCUAGAAUAAGCUAACUAAUACAAUCAUAAUACCUAGAAUAACAUAACUCUUUGAGCGCCUACCUCUGGUCGAUAGUAAUUAGUGAAUACUCCUAACUGUGUUCCUAUAACUCGUGUAUUUUUAAAAAAAAAUGAAAAACAUGCUUUUCGGUAGUAAGCAGGUGUUUACCUAUACGUAUAUGAUAUCAAUACGAAAGUGCGGCAAAAAUUUAACAAAAAACUACGGAAUCAGAGAGCUAAUCAACACCAAAUUGGAUAUGAAGGCUAUAAACAUUUGCUGGCAUAAAAGAUAAGAUCGUAUGAAGCGCAACUUUUGAGCCAAGAUGAGUGACCAUCAAAAUAUCUCUUGCGUUUUCGAACUCGUUAGGAACACCUAUGAGAAGUUGAUCUUUCACGGCAAAAAACAAAUUGUUCAAUAUGCUAAUAUGCGGUAUUAAAUGUUUCUAUUUUUGAAUGUAUCCAUCAUCUAGGCGUUGUUUAGCCCUUAACGACAUACGACAUAAUACAACUUCUAUCGCUCGAGUGUCGCGAUGGUCGGGCAUCUGUCCGUCAUUUGGCGAAUCAAAUAAACAACCUUGAGCAAAUACUAGCUCUAUUUCGAAGCUUUUUUUGUUUUACAUAUUGUUCUUUCAAAGAAAAACACGUAACUAUUUUUAUGGUCGGUCUCGUUGUAGAACGUUUUGCAGGACACAUGACAACUCGGUUAGAACUGUCUGUGAUUUUCGAUGGGCAUUACUAUCCGUAGACUUUCAGUAGAAGUUCUACGGUAGAACUAGCAUGAGGGCUGAACUUCUACGGUAGAAGUUAAGCCCUCAUGCUAGUCGGGGCUCGAAUACAGGCGCCGGCACAGUUCCUUUCAUACCGGAACCCAGCUGUCAGUGAAAUGUCUAACGACGAUACCAGACGUAAAACUUGAAACGUUUAGUGUAAUUCUCAAAAAAAAAUGCUUGCCGAAAAAAAAAGCCUUCUAUUGUCUGUCGCAAUAUUUGGUUUCAAACGAGUACACGAAGCUAUAGGAAGACGAACCUAAAGCCGACGGACGCUUGGAUUUCAAUUUUCCAAAGAUUACAGUAACAAAAACCUAGAGAAGGGUCUAACAGCGGGUGUAUUCGAAAAUGCUACAUCGAGAAACGGCGGGAACGUUUAAAAUAUUAUUUCGACAUAAACAACCAUGGCCAAGCAAGGUUCUAACCUUAUACGACGUACGGGUCGAUUCACAGAGCUGCUGACAAAAGCCGGGAGAACAACUGCGAAACACCUGACAACACUUAAAUCUUUGUUAUUUAUUUGCUCUAUAGGACUCGACUCGCGUGUUUCCAUUGACGUUCGGGAAAGGUCGAUGGCAGGUGUUCUGCCCAAUGUGAAAUUUUCAUGAUCGUUUUCUGUUUGAGCAGAAGGCUCACUGCACAACACCCUGUGGGCGGUAGCAGUAUCGAUAUUAUUCCAUUGAGAGCUUAUACACCGUACUUUUAAGAAUAAACUUCGUGACGAUAGCUGGUCGAAUCCCUGGUAUAUGCUGGUAUGUUUAGUGACGGAUGCUCUUCAUAGACUAUCAGGUCCCAAGUAUAACCAACAGACACGUUCAGUUGAAUAGUUACUAAAUCCGUUGCGAAAUCAGUCAUUGGCAAUCCAGUAGUUCUUCGGUGUUCCGCAGCUUGCUAAGAGCACAUAACAUUACGCAACUUUUUCUGACCCUUCCAUUGGCAGAAUAAUUCCAAUGAUUUAAUCUCCAGAACGCUUGUCUGCAGUCAUGCCGUUAUUUUAGGCACAAACGUGUCGAAAUGAAUCUAUCUAAAUAACAUAACAUUAGUCGUUCAAACUUAGAAAUACGUAUCAGCAUCGUCAUCGCAAGGCUAUGACCAGUCUACAUACGCAGGAGGCUAUCACCGCUAACCUAACAUAUAAAUGGUUCGAGUCUUAUGUCUGGUUCCACUGGCAUUGGGCAUUACUUUAGAUUACCGCAGAAACAUGUGUGCUCGUGCCAUGUUUUAAGCCGUCACUACAUCUGUAGCCCGCAGAUUCUCUAGGAAAGCGCCUUCCCUCCAAACCGUAACGUGAAUAGCGUUGCCUGCCAUCCUUUUUUCUCACUGAAUCUUCGUAGUAUUAACGGAUUCGACUUGCGCGUGCUUCACAGAAUACAGAAACCCAUUCGUAUAAUCGCGGUUGUCUAUUAAUAUGAUCGAUGUGCCUAAAAAUUCACCUAGGGGCUUCACUGUUAGAACAGUGAUGAAGUACUGAUAUUUCGUUCUCUCUUGUGUUAAUUUUUGUGUCUCGAUGUACUUUUAGUGUUGUUGGAGGUAGAUUAUAUGUUUGCUCAACGAACGACGUGUGGGAUUCGUUGUGGCCUCGAGUUGACAGGAUGACAGCGGAGUUUGGCAACGACGGGGUUGAGUUUGUCAAGAAUCGAAGCUGCAAAAUCAAUCAUUUAUCAGCGCUAAUAUCCAAGAGUCGUCCAACGCCCAGGGAUAGUUGCGGCUGUAGAUAUAUCAGGCGCCUUGAACGGUGUCGACUACUCCUGCAGCGCAGCCUGUCUUCGACGGCGACGGGCACCCAUAGACGACACACCAGUUCACGUAGAGCGGUUCCGUACAAUAGGGUCAGAUAGACCAGACAACACGAAAUUUUUCACAUGAAUACGCUGGCAGUGUUAGAAGCGACCUAAGGCAGUGUCAGUAAGGACGUUGUUGGUGAGUAGCAUCAGGCAAGCGACAGUAGCCCGGUCCUUGCUGGGUCAGUCAGUGCCGGCUUUACGUUUCGGGAUAUAUGGUAGAAACUGGGCAUUCCUGUCAAUGUGACAGCAUCUGCUAAGAAAUAAAGCUAUGAAUUCAGGCGACCCAAACACGUUGCGGUAGCUCCGUUCGUCGAAGAGUGAUUUAGACGAAAUUUGCUGAGUGACGAAGUGACGCUUGCACCCCAUAUUCCGUCAUUGUUAUAUUGCCGACUUCGACAAGUGAUGCAAGAAGAGGUGUGAUAAAUAUUGCGUCCUUUUAUCAUUUGCUAUGAAAGGAGUGCAUGGACUGGGUGAGCUUGUACUGCGCGACGUAUUGGCCUAUUGCCUGCCGAAUCUUUUGGAGUGUCGUUGAGGACGUCUCGCCACCAGGGAGUGUAAAUUUUCAACGAAAGCUUGGAUCUUCUGCGAGAUCCAGUUCUCAUCCGGUUCAUUCGGGAAACUCGGAAAUCUAGUUGUCGAGUUUUCGAAGUUUGAUUCUAUGAAACAGGAACUAGCUUUAUACAGUUGGCGGCGCUCAAUCCGCCCGAUUGAGCUGUCUAUUGAUCUGUUUAUCUGUCUUAGCAUAGGAGUGUGUCUUGCUUUCGCCAAGCCUAUUAUGGAUCAGCAUUACCGGAAAGUCGAAACGGACGAUUUGCCACCGUCAAUCACAGGCUAUGACGAAUUCGAGAUGAAAGCACUUGAUGGCUUCCAGGGCGUCAGCAUGGAGCUGAACUUCCUCGACGGAGAACUCAACUACGAGGUCACGCGGGAUAGUUACGCCCUCGUCGAGGAUGAUAUUAUCAAGGUGACAUCCCACGAGGUGUCAGACGAUGAAAAUGAGGACCCGAUCAUUGUUGUACCUCUUCAACGAGUAAACUCGACGAAUUUCUUCCGCUUCCAGCGGAAUCCAGCCUCAGGCGAAUACCUCGUUGGCUUCAAACCUAAUUCGUUCCUGGUGAUGAUGCAUCCGCGGCAUGGACGAGACCUUCGAGCUUUUGUCUGCUUGGGAAAAGAGUUUCUUGAUUGUGACGGAGAAACAAUUCUGCGCUAUCUACGACGAUUCGAUGGACUGGAAGGCCUCAUCAUCGAUUUUAAGAAAAAGACGGCCAAGCUUAAGUCCUAACUGGAAUGGCGUACCAUCGAGAUCCUUCAUUCUUCUGGUAGGAGCUUUCGACCGUGAGAAAGUCUAUAGAGAUCUUUUUUUUAGCGGCUUUUAAACUCUUACAAGUGGGUUUGUGUACAUAUGUUACCCCCGUUUAGCUUGUAUAUAUCAGUAGUUGCAUACAAUAAUUACUUUUCGUAUAGGGGGCUUAAUUUAAUAAAACCAAAAAAACGUUUGAGUAAUAUAUAAAGCUGU